UUAUAUGGGCUUUGACUCCAAAUUACAACAGAUUUUUGUGGGACUAAUUUCCGCAAGAUUGUACUUGUAUGACGAUUCUGUAAUAUCGACCUACCGUGCUGCUGGUUCCAUGAGACUGCUGAGGCUGAGGGUUUGGUGCGCCGUACCCGAUGGUGACCUGAAGAAAGACAGGAUGUUCGGUUAUUAUUUAGCGACGUUCUUUGCCUUUGCCAUUGUUCUGUCCGAAGGCUCGGCUACAGAGGUGACGGAGUUCUGUUCUUUCUUCAACAACCGUGCACCAGAGCCUCAGCCAAACCUGAAGAACUGUACCUGGUUCAAAGAGAACAGUUGCUGCAUGCAAGAGGAGAUCGCGGAGACAUUUGAGCAGGUAAAGAGUCUCCCCGGGGCGUCACCGGCCUGUCAACAGUACACCAAUUACUUAAUGUGUUAUAUAUGUGCUCCCUACCAGAACAUGUUUUAUAUAUGGGGAUACUUGAAGGUGUGUGAGGAAUUCUGUGACGCCUGGUACGGAGCCUGCGGGUCGGCCAUUCUGAAAGGCUCGAGAGUUAAUCAGCUGUAUACGAACGGCAGUGACUUCUGUAAAAGUAGGUCGUACAAAGUCAGUACAAUAGCACAAAAAGACUGCUUCUUUUUCGACAAAUUGAUGGACACGACGAAUGGACAACGUUCGGGACAUGUUUAUUGGGAGCAUCCGGCCAUGUUAAUAUCGACGCUGAUCAUGUUUUGUUUCGUGUUGUAUCCACUGUAGCCAGUGUUGUGUACUGUGUUCUACACGGAUCGAUAUCAACCAUCGAUCACUAAACACCAGACUCACCAGCUUCUACCCAACCAAAAUAGGGGCAACCAAAACGUAAUGUGGACAUGACAAACGAAACACGUGAAAUUUGUUCAAAUAACUGUUUCGUCGUCAUUACAGGACAUUACAUUCCGGAGAUAAAUAUUACUAUAUACGAGAAACCUUGGCCUCUCAGAGAACGAUCAAUAUCGUACUGUGUGCCCAUAACACACACGGCAGGACUGUGACAUAAUCAAAAUCGAUACGUAGAGUGCGAGCCAAAAACAGCCCUGUUCUCUGACCUAUGUAACAUGUGUGAGUGUAUUUGUAGCUUAAUCAGUUAAUUGUGAUAUUAUUAAAUAUUCCAUGUUUGUUUUUUACAACGAUCUUUCAUUUUCUUAUGACAUUGAUAAGUGAAACGAAAUAUUUUCCGUAGAAUUUGUUAUAACGAAUUUAUAUGUAGUUAGGUAAGGUUACGUCACUUAAUUCAUACCUGAUCAUUGUGUUUGUAUGUAGAUAGCUAAGGUUAACGUCACUUAAUUCAUACCUGAUCAUUGUGUUUGUAUGUAGAUAGGUAAAAUUCACAUUACUUCAUACUUAUUAUGUUUUCACAAUAUGAGUGUAUAUAAGAUAAUAAAUCAUU